UUUUAACACUUUCCAUUACUCAAUUUCACUCCCCACCGUCCACCUCCGCCGUGGUGGGUGGCGCGUGAUAUUCACUCUCCGGGGGGUUACUUCACUUUCAAUGCUAAUAGAGAGGUGGUGAUGGGGCAGAAAUUGAGCUGUGGACAACAAUCCAAUGAACAUGGAUUGUUUAUUGCAGUCCAAAAUGGUGAGGUUGAAAAAGUUGAAGCUAUGGUUGAUGAAAAUCCAAAUGUGAUUCGACUUACAACUGUUCGUGGGAAGUUCUCUGCACUUCAUGUAGCUGCUAUUAAUGGCCAGAUCGAGGUUCUGUGUAUGCUUUUGGAUCGUGGGGUUAAUCCAGACAUCUUGAAUCGCCACAAACAGACUCCAUUAAUGUUAGCUGCUAUGCAUGGAAAUGUGUCCUGCGUGGAGAGGCUAAUUCAGCUAGGUGCUAAUAUUUUAAUGUUUGAUUCACUUCAUGGAAGAACUUGUCUGCAUUAUGCUGCUUACCAUGGCCACUCUGACUGCCUACAAUCGAUCCUUGCAUCCGCUCAUUCGGCUCCUGUUGCUCAAUCUUGGGGAUUUGCGAGAUUCGUGAACAUAAGAGAUGGGAGUGGUGCAACCCCAUUGCAUUUAGCAGCCCGUCAUGGUAGACCAGCAUGUGUCCGGAUUCUUCUAAGCAAUGAGGCUCUUGUCUGUGCUUCUAGUGGUGGCUAUGGCCGUCCAGGAAGUACACCACUGCAUUUAGCAGCUCGAGAAGGUUCUUUGGACUGUGUACGUGAGUUACUUGCUUGGGGUGCAGAUCGACUUUAUAGAGAUUCUUCUGGGCGAAUUCCAUACAUAGUUGCAUUGAAGAACAAGCAUGAAGCAUGUGCUGCUCUUUUGAAUCCAUCAUCUCCGGAGCCUUUGACAUGGCCAUCGUCUUUGAAGUUCAUUACUGAGCUUGAUGCCGAGGCAAAAGCUUUACUAGAAAAUGCUCUGAUCGAGGCCAACAAAGAUAGAGAGAAGUUGAUAUUGGAGAAAACAGCUGUCUCACAAAUAUCACUUUCGCAUUGUGAUUCUGGCCUUGAGAGUGAUGACUUUGAGGGCAGUGAUCUUGAGCUAUGUUGCAUCUGCUUUGAGCAGGCUUGCACGAUUGAGAUACAAAAGUGCGGUCAUCAGAUGUGUGCUCAUUGCACUCUGGCCUUAUGCUGCCACAAUAAACCCAAUCCAGCUAGCAAUAGUGAGAAGGUUCCUUUAUGCCCCUUUUGCCGGAGUGAUAUCACUCAUUUAGUCGUUGUCCAGAAUAAAAUCGACACUUAUGAAGAGGUAUCGAGUCCCUCAAGGCCAAGAAAAUCAAGAACGUCUUUCAGUCAUGCUGAAGGCGACAGCAGCAGCAGCAGCAGUAGCACCAGCUUGAAAGUUUUGUCACCCUUAGCCUCAUUUGGGAAGUUGGGUUGUCGCCAUUCAGGCAAAAUCAGUGCUGAAUGCAUUGAAGCGUUUGCUAAGCCUUAAGAUGAGAUAUAUUAAAUCUUGAACAUCCUUCGCUCAAUCAUAGAUUUAGACUAAUGACAGUCUAAAUCGAGCUAGC